CAUAUCCUAAUUUUUUACAAAAUGCUAAGCAUAAUUCAAGAGGAAGUAGCCCAAGAAGAGGAGCUCAAUAGAGAUAUCCAAGAAGUACGUCCCAAAGAGCUUGCCAGCUCUAAGGCUAAUAGAGAGCUUGACCCCAGCCAGGUGGAAAGGAACCAGAUUGUUAAACAAAGUGUCAAGAUUCUCAGGUGAUCCCUCACACAGAAGAAGUUACAGAAAAUUCGUAAUUUUGGGGGAGCAAGGAAGAUCCAAAGGGUGUCCAAACAGAGAGCUCUCUCUCCACAAUCCACUUCGAAAUUUUUCAAGAAGAGAAGUGAGGGUCCUCGGAAUUGUAAAUCUCCAGGACCAAGACUGAAGAGAAACUUGGUUAACGAUACUCAGAGCCAUAUGAAUCCUGUUUGAAAUCCUAAAACUAAGUUCUUAAGCCAAUAUGAUUUCAGAAAAAUUUUCAGGUCUCCAGUCAAGCCAGCCAUCAAACCUUCUGAAGCUUUACCUGAAGUCCAAAGACUGGUUGAGCCUAGUGCACCAGAACUGACGAAAGAGACUGCUCUCCGCCACCGCAGGUGGCGGAAGAAGGACCUCUCUUUCCAAUCGGGUUCCAAGGACUGUGUCUAUCUGCAGCCUCUGAGAAUCAAGCCUAGGAAGAGAGCAUCCAAUCUGGUCAAGAUCCCUAAGGACUUGUUACUAAAGAAUUUUGAUAAAUAAGAAAUUGUUCAAAA